CCGUGAUUUUCUCACGGAAGAAAUCAUGAAGAUAAGAGUCACAAUGUUAUUAACGAAUCAUAGAAUAAGUAAGUAUCUUUAAUGAGAAAAGCAAAUCAGAUGAUACAUUGCCAUUGGGAAAACUCUUUUCAUUCUUAAUUUUUUUUAUACAUCCUGGCGUUGUGUUCAACAUUUGCUGAGUUUUCGAUUGGCCAUUGAAUUCUGUGUUGUCCGUCCACUAUUUUACCUACAAAUUUACGACUCGAAACAUACGGCUCACCACUUACAUCAACACCUUGGGCGCGAAAUUUACGACAAUGACUUCCAACUCCGAUGCUCCGCCUUCGGCGGCCACAGAGGCCGUCUUGGUCAAGUCCGAGGAGAUGCCUGCUGAUGCUCAGAAGGUCGAGGAGUUGGACUUCAACAAGUUCAAAGGCCCCAUCACUGCGGAGAAUCUCUUCGAGGGCAUGCGUCACAUGGGCUUCCAAGCGUCUUCUAUGUGUGAGGCCGUGAGGAUCAUCAAUGAUAUGCGUGCAUGGAAAGACCCGGAGACGGGGGAUAAGACCACAAUUUUCUUGGGAUAUACUUCCAACCUCAUCUCAUCAGGCCUUCGUGGUGUCCUCCGUUGGCUUGUCGAGCAUAACCACGUGUCAUGUAUCGUCACCACGGCUGGUGGCAUCGAAGAGGAUUUCAUCAAGUGCCUUGGUGACACAUAUGUUGGUUCCUUCAGUACCCCUGGAGCCGAACUCCGCCGCAAGGGCCUCAACCGCAUUGGAAACCUCGUUGUUCCUAAUGCGAACUACUGCGCCUUCGAAGACUGGGUCGUCCCCAUUCUCGACAAGAUGCUUGAGGAGCAGGAGGCUAGUAAAGGCACUGAGGAAGAGAUCAACUGGACGCCAUCCAAGGUGAUCCAUCGUCUAGGUAAGGAGAUCAAUGAUGAGCGAUCCGUCUAUUACUGGGCAUACAAGAACAAUAUUCCAGUGUUCUGCCCUGCCAUCACUGACGGAAGCCUCGGCGACAUGCUCUAUUUCCAUACUUUUAAGUCCUCGCCCCUUCAACUGAAGAUCGAUCUGGUCGAAGAUAUCCGACGCAUCAACACCAUUGCUGUCCGAGCCAAGCGGGCCGGUAUGAUCAUUCUGGGUGGUGGUAUCAUUAAGCACCACAUUGCCAAUGCAUGCUUGAUGCGCAAUGGUGCCGAGUCGGCGGUUUACAUCAACACAGCACAAGAAUUUGAUGGCAGCGAUGCAGGUGCUAGACCAGAUGAGGCUGUAUCGUGGGGCAAAAUCAAGAUUGGAGCUGAUAAUGUGAAAGUAUACAUGGAGGCAACAGCAUGUUUCCCCUUUAUUGUGGCAAACACAUUUGCAAAGGAUAUUGGAAAGUCUGACAAAUAGAAAACAAAAGAAUAGAACGCAAAAGUAUGUCAAAUAAAGUGUACUGCAGGUGCGGACAACAUGUGAUCAUCCGUCAUCGCAAAGACAUAAUUGACAAAACACCGGUAUUGCUCCAAAGAACUCCAAAGCAGACAUGAAAGCAACCGAUUUAGAUACAAUCAGGCCCCUGGUUGCUAUUAAUGUGGAAAGACCCUAACGCCGAAAUCGCCUUUUGUGAGUGUAAAUGCAAACCCAUGUGCCUAGGUAGUUGCCUUCGUUUCUUCGUGGCCGUUUCUAGGAUUCAAUAUCAACUCUAGCCUUUUUUGCUGGAGGCUCGUCGGUGUCGGCCAUAUCUUGCCCCUGCUCCGAAUCAUAGGCACUGGAUGUCUUCUUAGCUAAAUCUUGGGCCUGUUGGGCUUCUUGGACAGCUCGUCGUUCGGCCUUUUCUUUCUCGAUCUGACCACGAGGUCGAUAUCGUCGUUUGUUUCUCUGUCGACGCUCUUCUUUGAGCCUGGCAACCUUUGCUUCUUCCUCCUGUUGGCGGUGGAUCGCAUCAAGGUCAAUAAUCUCCCGCCCCAUACUCUCGACGACCAUCCGCCCUUCGUCUAGCCUAGGCCAAGGGUUGAGAACUCCCCCCUUUCUUGUCAUCAGCCAGUCCACGACGUCGAAGCCAUCAACGGUCCCAUCAUCGCGUUGAACAGCCAUACAUCCUUCAUGCCAGAGGGCGAUCUCUUGGCGUGUAGGUCGCUCCCUAGGGCAAGGCGGGAAAUGGGCGGGGAGGGAAGGAGUUUUCGGGCUUCCGGGGCUUUCCUUGCCACUCUGCGAAUCGUCGCUGCCACGCCUUUCUGGGGAUCGAUUUUUCGGGAUUGGAAGCAGACCGUUGGUAUUGACUGUUGGAGAGAUAGUUGAUGAACGAUCGUCAUCGCAAGUGUCCUUAACUGGGGUGAGAGGGGUACUUUCUUGCACAUACGGCUCUCGGGCAUCAUCAGACGAGUGGGGAGGAGAAUUCAUCUCGGCGGGCGAUGUCACAACAUCUUCUGCGGGUUCGAUGGACAACUGAGGUCUAGGCACAGCCCGUGAACCUAAAAGUAAGAGUUAAGGGAAGGAAUCACGAGGUGCAGCAUCAGAAAGCAUCAGACUCACCAGGCCGGAGACCGAAGUCUCGUUGCACGGCGUCUCGACGAAUACUCAUGAUAUAGUGCUGUGUUUGGAAACACGGGCACGACGUUUCCUGGAUAGAUCAAAUAUUCACUGCGACCGAUGAAAGCUGAUGGGAUCAUAAGAGGCGGUGAAAGGCGAGUUGUGAUGAACGCGAAUGCUCUCGUGAUUUUGAGAAAAUGUGAGAGGAAGAAAAAAGUUUAUGUUAUUGAUGGUAAGAGAAGUGAUGUGACAGGGAAGGUCAAGAAUGUAUGUGAAUGAAUCAGAACGCGUUUGGUACCAAAGGUAAAGUUGACGACUUCCAUUUUCUAUCACUGGCAGAAACUGCGAGUCUGCCUCUACGUCCCUAACGCCAACAGUACCAACCGUCUGAGCACCACUGAAGAUUCAGACGUAUUAAGAGAAACCCUCAGACUUCCCCGAUACUCUGCUUAAACUGUUUCAAAGCAGAAUUCCAUUCAGCUGUUCCGUCCGUCUCCGCCCAAGUAGCAACUUUCUCG